CAGCGAUCAUGUUUUCUUCUCCGUCAGUAGUUGGGCCACGCUCUUCCGUAGCCAGUUUGUCUCAAGGCUCAAGGUCUCGCUUUCCACGCCCCGCUUUCGCGCCUCGCUCAUCCUGCCUCCUGUCUGUUGCUUUCCUGUCUGCCCACGUUCGCCAAGAUGGGCAGCUUGCUCUCGACGGCUCCAGCAGUAAAGGCCUGGCCCGAAAGCGGGCACGAGGCGUGGGUGCGGAGGUUCAUGCUGCGGGAGCUCCCCGAGCUCCAGGAUGUGGAGGUGAGCGCGAUCAGCAGCGGUUUCAUGAGCAGCAGUUUCAAGGUCGUCGCCAAGACUGGGCGAGCGUAUUGCUUCUGCCGCUCAUUCUAUCCGAAGCAUCGCGCCUGGGCCUACUACAACAGCGCGGCGGCGCUUGGCCUCGCACCCCGAGUCGUGCUGCAGAAGUACGAUCCUGCCUAUAUGUCGGUGGAGAUUACAGAGCUGGUGAACGGCUCGGAGCUGAUGUCGUACGACACAUACCUAGGCCAGUGCGAUGGAGUUGUCCCAAAAACCGAGCUGGUUGUCAAGUACGGCCGGCUAUCGGCUAAGCUGCACAAGAUGGGCACGGGUUGGCACGCGAAGUUUGCCGACGAGGCGGCAGCCGAUAUGGCUUGCAUUCCUCGCGCACCGGACGGCAUCCUCGACGAUGUCUUCGACACGCUCGAGGGCAUUCUCCCAGCAUGUCUGCGCCAGUUGAUAGCAUAUUCCCGAGAUGAGGAUGCCACGUCAAUUGGUUGCGACAAGGAUUUCUUGAACGGGGAGGCCGCAUGCAUCCUUGACCACACGAUGCUUCCUGCUAGCGGGCCCCUCGCGCAAGUUGUCGGUGCACACGGGGACUUCCACGGUGCAAAUGUAAUGGUCGAAGGCGGAGCCAUCGACUUCGAGGGCUGCUUCGUGGGUCCUGCCGGCUGGGACGUGGCGCAUAUGUACCAGUAUUUGCGAAGAUUCGAGCAGGAACAUAAUUAUGGUUUGACAGAGGCCUAUGCUAAGGCCUAUUUGUAAGAGCUUGGAGUAGACGUUCCUAUCGACAUGUUUAUGUUAGACAUGUUGGCUUGGUAUUAUUUCGUAUGCAUCAAGCAGGGACCAUGCGUGCCCAUCGUGAAACGUUUGGAAAAAGAAGCGUCGCCCGCGUCGGCUGGCUACGCCGCACGGGUGACGCAGCGAGAUUACUUAGAGUCUUUCUGUGCGGUCAUCUCGUGUGCACGAGAGGACGCGGAGCUGAGGGCGAGGAUUGCACAAUCCGGAGAAGUCGUCGAUUGAGAGGCUUCUGCGAUCAUGGUGCAGAAGACGACGGGUCGCGCAGCCAGGGACCGCUGGCCCAGAUCUUCGCGUACAUAGCACGUUGCACUUGUGAAGGACCAUAAGGGCCUUCAGAAGAUCUGGGACUCGGAUGCAUUGAAGAAGCCACAGUCGAAACACAUGCCAGCGAAAAAACAAACAAAACAAAGUAGUUGAGCCACGCUCUACGUGAUCACGCCCCACUCCUACCCUGCACAGUGCAGGUCCACGGCUUGUGGCAUGAUGCGCGUCAGUGUAUCCGUGUGGGGAGGGGGGCGGGCUGAUCAAAGAACCAGUUCGGGUUUGGUUGCUUGUCCUGCACAUGUGGGCCUCCCUGCUUCUGUGUGCAAGAUGUUUUGCACUCAUCCCCUCAAUGGUUAUUCUGUUUCCAGCGAUGCAGCUCGCAUCGUUGGAUGACGUGCCAGCAAAAGAUGCACAUGACGAGAGUUCAUCUACGGUCUCUGCAUUGGACACCCAAAAGACGUGAUGGCAUGUUGUAAAGCCCAGAAUUAGGUUGAGAACUGGGCAUUGAGUCCCGUUCGAGAAUCCUCAGCCACCUGAGAUUUAGAAAGUGCAGGCAAGCAUUUAUCAAUCUGGGUCCCUCCUGAAAAUGUGCAUGCGGGACGGGCGGAUCCUCUGUCUGUGCAUUUCUACUGGUGUCCCAUGUCAGAUGCUCUCCCACAUUGAGCGGGAGACCCGUACACGCCGGUCGUCAAAAGUAUGUAUGUUUGGAUUUGGCAGAUCCCUAUCCACUUUAGGCGCCUUCCUGCUUCAAUAAUCGAGUGUUUCCUUUUCCUUCCUCUUCAGGGGGCGGGCAGACGCCCAAUCUACUUCAGCGCCUUCCUACGUCACGUGUCGACCCGCUUUUUCCGACCGGCAGGUAGUUUUACAGCUGUCCCAUGGCAGGUGUUCGCCCACAUAUUGAGCGGGAGACCCACCAUAAUAAAAGUGCAUUGGCGUGCUAGUAUAUAUUGUAGGUACAUGACAAGCAUACCCGGCCGGACCAAGCCGAACCAUCGCGCCGCGCGGAGAGACGCAGGAUAUAUGGAAGAGGACGAAGACACAGAGGACGAUG